AGCGGCGCAACACCUCGUCGCCCCAUGCGACGACGCCCCUUCUCACUCCCGCUGCUCAAGCAGCUUUCGCCAGCGCCCUGCGCCUCUGCCGCCCUAUAAGAUCCCGUCCCCGCAUCACCAUAUGUUCCAGGAUUAGGUCGCCAAGAUCUAGAUUCGAGCCAAUGGAGCUGAAUAUGUAUACGACUGACUGGUCCUUGUAGAGCUCCGCCGCAGGUAGCUCAUAGAGUCGUGGUCAUCAGCCGUACUGUCCGACGCUCACUGCCGCCGACAUGCGCCUCACCCACGAGCUAUGGCGGGUCAGCGGCGGCCGAGAGGACGGCCUCGUCAUUGAGUACAGGAUUAUACGGAACCGUGUGGAGAGCUAUACGGAAUUCUUAUGCUCACCUACCAAUUAUACGCGUGUAACCGUGUGGAGAAUCACUACACAGAAUUGACAAGCGCAAGCGCAAGCGGGGCCUGGACCCUGGAUAUUUUCGCGGUUGACAAGUCUGUGGCCGCCAACGAUGACCAACUGAUGCCAUGGCCUGGUCAACGGACCCAUCCCAGAGCAGUAUAGGUACCAUUCACCAUUAAUCUCAGUCAGGCGAGAGAGAGGGGGAACGCCAAGCAAGAACGAUGAGGCGACGACAUGAGCUGCUGGUCUCGCCGUCUUGUUGCUUGAUCGGCCUUGUGCUGCUGCUGCUCGCGCUGUCUGCUCGAGCUCAGCGGCAAGCACAGACAGGUCCGUCUGAAGUGGCCGCGCUGAACACCAUCUUCUCACGGUGGGGCCUGCGGGCGUCCACGGCGUGGAACAUCAGCGGCGAGCCUUGCAGCGGUGCCGCCAUCAACGAAACCGCCAUGGAUUCAGACAACGAAUUCAAUCCGGCCAUUAACUGCGUCUGCUCCUACAACAUCAGCACCGUCUGCCACAUCACCAGGCUGAGAGUAUAUGCACUAGAUGUGGUUGGUCAGAUUCCCGCGGAACUGCUAAAUUUAACUUACCUGACAGUACUGGAUUUAUCCCAGAAUUACUUGACAGGAUCUUUGCCAGCAUUUCUUGGAAAGCUGACUCGGUUGCAGUAUCUAAGUUUGAGUAUCAAUGCAUUAACUGGAGUUUUACCGAGCGAGCUGGGUAACCUCAAGAAUCUCAUUUCUCUGGGCGUUAGCACAAAUAAGUUUGUCGGUCCACUCCCCGAAGUAGUAGAAAACUUGACCAAACUUGAGCAACUGUAUAUCGAUAGUUGUGGUUUAAGUGGAGAGCUACCAUCUUCCUUUUCCAAACUUAAGAACCUGAAAUCCCUAUGGGCAUCAGAUAAUGGGUUUACUGGGAAGAUACCUGAUUACAUUGGAAGCUUAUCAAAUUUGCAGGAUCUGAGACUCCAUGGAAAUAACUUUGACGGUCCCAUUCCUGCAAGUUUUUCUAAUCUUAUCAACUUGACAAAUUUGAGAAUUGGUGAUUUAACGGGAGAGCUGUCUUCAUUGGCUUUUGUGGUUAACAUGACGUCGUUGUAUACUCUAGAUCUGAGAAACUCCAGGAUAUCUGACAACCUUGCUUCAGUGGACUUCUCAAAAUUUGUUAACCUCAAUUAUCUGGACUUGAGUUUUAACAGCAUCACAGGCAAAGUUACUCCAAACCUUCUGAACCUGAAUCCCCUCGAAUUCCUAUUUCUUGGGAGUAAUAACCUCUCUGGGAUCCUACCAGAUAUGAUUAGCCCUUCACUUACUACUAUUGAUCUGUCAUACAAUAUGCUCUCAGGAAGAUACCCUUCUUGGGUUAACAUGAAUAACUUACAUGUGAAUUUGGUGUGGAACAACUUUGGGAUAGAUAACUCGAACAACAGUAUUUUGCCUUCAGGACUAAAUUGUCUUCAGCGAGAUACUCCAUGUUUUGAUUCUCCAUCUUAUUCCUCCUUUGCGGUAGACUCUGGUGGUUCGAGACCCAUCAGAGGCUCAGACAACUCCAUUUACGAACCUGAUGAUGCCAGUCUUCCAGUUGCAUCAUACUAUGUUACGAACUCAACAAGAUGGGGCGUUAGCAACAUCGGGAGAUUCAUGGACUCGUCUAAUGGGAGUUAUAUAAUAUACACUUCUCGCCGGUUUACCAACACACUUGAUUCUGAACUAUUUCAGACAGCCAGAAUGUCACCCUCUUCAUUGAGAUACUACGACAUUGGGCUCAAGAAUGGCAUGUACAGCGUUGUACUUCAAUUUGCAGAGAUUUUUUUCCCAGAUGACCAGACAUGGAAAAGCAUGGGAAAGAGGAUUUUCAAUAUAUAUAUCCAGGGAGAUCUUAAAGAAACAGAUUUCGAUAUAAAGAAACAAACAAAUGGAAAAUCUUAUACUGCUGUUCAAAGACAGUACACUGUUGAAGUAACGAAUAAUUUCAUUGAUAUUCAUCUCUUUUGGGCUGGAAAGGGCACUUGUUGCAUUCCUGACCAAGGGUUCUAUGGGCCAUCGAUAUCAGCAUUAAGCGUAUCUUCUUAUGAUGGCAACGGUGAAGGGGAUCCUGGUUCACAGAGAAACAGCACUACCAGUAGAACAGGUUUGGUUGUUGGAGUUGUAGUCUGUGUUGCAAUUUUAGGAUUUCUAGCACUCGCUGGGGCCUUUGUUUGGAGGCAGAAAAGAAGAAGGCUAGAGGUGGAAAUGGAAGAGCUGUUCAGUAUAGUUGGAAGGCCUAACGUCUUCAGUUACGGUGAAAUAAAGUCUGCUACUGACAGUUUUAGGGAUAGCAACAUUCUCGGAAGAGGGGGAUAUGGACCUGUUUACAAGGGUAAGCUACUUGAUGGGAGGAUUGUAGCUGUAAAGCAGCUGUCUUCUACAUCUCAUCAAGGGAAAAAAGAGUUCAUGACAGAAAUUGCAGCCAUAUCUGCGGUGCAGCAUCGAAACCUCGUGAAGCUGCACGGUUGUUGCAUCGACAGUAAGACACCACUUUUGGUCUAUGAGUAUCUGGAACAAGGGAGCCUCGAUCAAGCAAUUUUUGGCAAGACAGACUUGAACCUAGAUUGGAGAACGCGCUUCGAGAUAUGCAUAGGCAUUGCAAGAGGUCUCGCAUACCUCCAUGAGGAGUCCAGCAUGCGGAUAGUCCACAGGGACAUCAAAGCCAGCAAUGUCUUGCUCGACGCUGAUCUCAACCCUAAGAUCUCUGACUUCGGGCUGGCCAGGCAUUACAAGGACAGCAUGACGCAUCUCAACACCGGAGUAGCUGGCACGCUUGGUUAUCUCGCACCCGAGUACGCCAUGAUGGGACACCUGACGGAAAAGGCCGACGUUUUUGCGUUCGGCGUCGUGGCACUGGAGAUCAUCGCUGGACGACGGAACUUCGAUGACAGCCUCGAGGAAGAUGAGAAGUAUCUUCUUGGAUGUGCCUGGCAUCUGCAUGAGAGCCAACGGACACUUGAACUGUUGGACAGUAAACUCAUUGAAUUCGAUGAGGAAGAGGCCGCGCGACUCAUCAAUGUCGCUCUUCUUUGCACGAUGGGCCUGCCUCAGCGACGCCCACCAAUGUCCAAGGUCGUGUCCAUGCUCAGGGAAGACAUUGAGGUGACUGACGUGGACACAACCAUUAGGCCCAGCUACGUCCCUGAAUGGCAGCUCAGGAGCUUCAGCAGCAGUUACGUCUCAGGGUCGGGGUCGUCGGCUCAGCAGUCCUCCGGCAGUCAAAUCAGCGCGCCGUCCAGCUCGAGCAAGAAGCCCGGGAUCCACAGGGACACCUCACCGCUGGCUUCGUCGCGUUGUUCUAGUGGCGGGAUCGAAGAGGGAGCAUGAAUGCCCGGAGUAAAUUGCAGAAAACCACCAUAAUUGGGGACCCUAAUUCACAAAACCACCAUCUUUCGUUUUUUUUUUCAAAAACCCACCACCAUUGUACUGACAGUUUUCAGAAAACGCUAAUCGCUCAAUUAAAACUGUUUAAGUGAAAAUCUGACCAGUGGGUCCUGAUGACAUGUCCACGUGACGGAGGAUAGACGGCACAACUGGUCAACCCUGUCCCCCCCUGACUUUUCCCCGCGCGCAGCAGCCAGCAGACGAGGAGCACCUAGCGCUUCCGUGUACAUGCACGCCCUGCGGCUCCGGCCAGCCAGGCUGCCGGCCGACGAGCCUCCCAGCACC